ACUUUCACAAUUGGUCCGCCAUUUCUCACCAUCUUCUGUCUGCUCUCUCUCUCUCCCUCUGCCUACAUAUACAUACACAUAUACACAGGAUCUUCAUCACCUCUGCUCUUCAUUCCUAUCCUCUCCUCCACCAAUCAUCAGGACAAAGAUGGAGAUUAACGGAAAUGAUGAGCUAAAGUCACCACUUUUGCAACCUUCAGAUGUUACCCUGAAUGCAGACAGAACUACAAAAUCAAUCAUGUUUAAAGUUAGUGGCAUUGAGUGCGCAUCUUGUGCUACUUCUAUUGAAUCGGCACUUGAGAAGUUAAGUGGAGUGGAGAGUGUUAUGGUUUCACCACUUCAAGGGCAGGCUGUGGUUAGAUAUAUACCCGAACAAAUUACUGCAAAAAAAAUAAAAGAAACCAUCGAAGAUGCAGGUUUUGAAGUGAAUGACUUUCCAGAAAAAGACAUAGCAGUAUGUCGGCUCAGAAUUAAAGGUAUGGCAUGCACAAACUGCUCUGAGUCUGCGGAGCGUGCUCUUUCAAUGGUUGAUGGAGUAAAAAAAGCAGUGGUGGGUCUAGCUCUUGAAGAAGCAAAAGUCAAUUAUGACCCAAACAUCACGGAUACUGAUCAGAUUAUUAAAGCAAUAGAAGAUGCCGGCUUUGGAGCUGACCUCAUAAGCUCUGGAAGUGAUGUGACUAAAGUACAUUUAGACCUAGAUGGCAUCAGUUCUCCAGAAGAUUUAUCUGUUAUCCACUGUGUACUUGAGUCACAGGAGGGUGUGCAAUAUGUUGAGAUGAACUUGGAGGAGCACAAGGUUACUGUUAGUUAUGACCCAGACAUUGUUGGUCCAAGGUCUCUUAUACGUUGCAUCCAUGAAGCUGGUCAGGGAGAAAAAUCUUAUCAUGCAAGAUUGUACAAUCCACCAAGACAGCGAGAGACAGAGAAGAAACACGAAAUCCAGAUGUACAGAAACCAGUUUUGGUGGAGCUGCAUAUUUACUGUUCCUGUCUUAAUGUUUUCAAUGGUACUGCCAAUGCUUCCUCCUUAUGGAAACUGGUUAGAUUAUAAGGUUCAUAAUAUGCUCACACUUGGGAUGCUGUUAAGAUGGUUUUUUAGCAGUCCUGUUCAAUUUAUAAUUGGUCGAAGAUUUUAUAUCGGGUCCUAUCAUGCACUGAGAAGAAAGUCAGCUAAUAUGGAUGUACUGGUGGCGUUAGGCACCAAUGCUGCUUACUUAUAUUCUGUAUAUGUAUUAGUAAAAGCAUUGACUUCUGCAACAUUUACGGGAAAUGAUUUUUUUGAGACUAGUUCUAUGUUGAUUUCAUUUAUCCUCCUUGGAAAAUAUUUGGAGGUUGUAGCUAAAGGGAGGACGUCAGAUGCUUUGGCAAAGCUGACAGAUCUUGCUCCAGAUACAGCUCACCUGUUAACGUAUGGAGCUGAUGGGAAUGUCAUAUCUGAAGAAGAAAUUAGCACUCAACUUAUCCAACGGGAUGACAUACUUAAAAUUGUUCCAGGGGCAAAGGUUCCGGCUGAUGGAAUCAUUGUUGAUGGUCAGAGCCAUGUAAAUGAGAGUAUGAUAACAGGAGAAGCAAGGCCCGUUGCUAAAAGACCUGGUGACAAAGUUAUUGGUGGUACGAUGAAUGAAAAUGGAUGCUUGCUGGUGAAAGCCACUCAUGUAGGCUCAGAAACUGCACUCUCUCAAAUCGUUCAGAUAGUUGAAGCUGCGCAGCUUGCCAGAGCACCUGUACAGAAGCUAGCAGACCAGAUAUCCAAAAUUUUUGUACCUGCAGUCGUUGUAGCAGCUUUUGCAACAUGGCUGGGAUGGUUUAUUCCUGGAGAAGCAGGGUUUUACCCUAAAAGUUGGAUACCAGAAGCUAUGGAUGCAUUUGAACUUGCACUGCAGUUUGGUAUAUCGGUCUUGGUAGUUGCAUGUCCGUGUGCAUUGGGACUAGCGACUCCAACAGCAGUCAUGGUUGCUACAGGGAAAGGUGCUAGUCAAGGUGUGCUUAUCAAGGGUGGUGAUGCGCUAGAGAAGGCACACAAGGUGAAAAUAGUUGUCUUCGACAAAACAGGGACAUUGACAGCCGGAAAACCAACAGUCGUUAGUGCUAAGAUUUUCUCUAAAUUUUCAAUGGAGGAGUUCUGCAACGUAGUUAUAGCAGUAGAGGCAAAUAGUGAGCACCCAAUAGCAAAAGCUGUGGUUGAGCAUGCUAAGAAAUUUCGCAAGGAGUAUGGGUCCCAAACUGAACAGUCAUCUGAGGUGAAGGACUUUGAGGUGCAUCCAGGAGCCGGAGUGGGUGGAAAAGUUGGAGAGAGAAUGAUUUUAAUUGGGAACAGGAGGCUCAUGUGGGCUUCUAAUGUCCCAGUUCUUCCGGAGGUUGAUGCUUACAUAUCAGAAAACGAAGAAUUGGCUCGUACUUGCAUACUAGUUUCUAUUAAUGGGCGUCUUGCUGGUGCUCUUGCUGUGACAGAUCCAGUGAAGCCAGAGGCUGCACGUGUCAUAUCAUUCCUGCAAUCAAUGAGCAUUACAUGCAUAAUGGUGACGGGUGAUAACUAUGCAACAGCAACUGCCAUAGGCAAGGAGGUUGGGAUACAAGAGGUGUUUGCCGAGACAGAUCCAUUGGGAAAAGCUGAUAGGAUAAAAGAAUUGCAGAUGAAAGGUACAACUGUAGCAAUGGUAGGAGAUGGUAUAAAUGACUCACCAGCACUAGUUGCAGCUGAUGUUGGCUUGGCAAUAGGCGCAGGGACAGAUGUAGCAAUAGAAGCAGCUGAUAUUGUUUUAAUCAAGAGCAACUUGGAAGAUGUUAUCACUGCAAUAGAUCUCUCCCGGAAGACAAUAUCUCGUAUCCGCCUCAACUAUGUCUGGGCACUCGGAUACAACAUACUAGGUAUGCCUAUUGCUGCUGGAAUUUUGUUCCCAUUCACUGGAAUCCGUCUACCUCCUUGGCUAGCUGGAGCUUGCAUGGCCGCGUCUUCCAUAAGCGUGGUUUGUUCAUCGCUUCUGUUACAGUUUUACAAAAAGCCGUUGCAUCGAAAUGAUAAUUGAUGAUCAAUCUUACUAUAAUUAGUCAGGUAAAUUGCAGCAUUCGGUUCAUAUAUUGAACUAUGCAAUAAAAUGCUGAACAUCAUCACAUGUAGGUUUUUGAGAUUCUUAAAACUCAGUUAGACAGUAAUGAACAGCGGUAUAUUUUGUUAAUCAGGAAGCCAACUUCUACCUCUUGGAUUGCUUCUGGUAAGCGUCAACAUUUGCUUCUCUUUGCUUUAUAAUACUAGCAAUAUAUGUUUAAAUUCUGCUAAAAGAAUAAACUUUAUUCUACUUUGAUGUAGUUUUAUAUCACAACAUUUUAAUAUGUAUGGCGACAUUGUAAUUGACUGUACUAUAUAGUUUGUGUGAUGCUGA